AUGCUAACAGCCGAAGAGUUAAAACAGGAAGGAAAUAAAGCAUUCGCUAAUAAAGAAUACAAGAAAGCAGCAAAGAUAUACCGUGAUGCGAUCCAAUUAGACAUGUAUAACCCCGUGUUAUACUCCAAUCGAGCUCAAUGUUUUAUAAACUUACAAGAUUACCAACGGGCAUACCGAGAUACAACUACAGGGAUUAAUUUAGGUGCACCAGUCCCACUUCUUGUCAAAUUAUACUUCCGUAAUGGAAUUGCACUGAAGGGAUUAGACAGAUUACAAAAAGCAAAAGAGUCAUUUGAAAUGGUAUUAAAGUUAGAACCGACGAAUUCAGCUGCUAAAUUAGAAUUACAAAAAUUGGACAAAGUAACUCCAAACCCACCGCAGGAUGAAGAUCUGUUAAUAAAUAUUCCAAUUGAGGAUGUGAAGGAACUACCACAAAAAUUUGCAAAGUUACUUGUACCAAAGCCAGAACCAGAAGAACUUAUUGAACAACCAAAGAAAAUAGAAACACCUAAUAUAGACAAGGACAUAGAUGAACUUUUCGGUAAAAAACCAAAACCAAAACCUAGGUCAAAGGUUACAACAGUGAAACCACAAGAAAUACUGCCAAUGCAUUAUUUAACUACAUUGAAAUUCCUUCCUGAAGACCAAAAAGCAAAAGGUUACAAGUUUGUUCUUGGUCUUGAUUCUGAUAGUUAUGAAAAUAUAUUUGGAUCUUCAGGAAUAGAAACUGAAUUCCUUCAAUUCUUUUUAGAUGCAGCAGUAUACUUCUCAACCCAUGAGAAUGAAUUCCCAGAUUUGAAUUCCACAGUGUUACAGCAUCUUCAACGGUUCGCCAAGUUCAAAAAGUACGACUUGGCCAUGUUGAUGUGUGAUGACAACACCAAAACUAAAUUAAUAGAACUCAUCAAACACAAACACCCUAAUAACUUACAAGAAUAUCUCACAUAUAUCAAAUAA